AUGGCAGAAAAAAUUUUUAAUCUAAUAAAAAAACAAGAAGCAGAAUAAAAUGGAUAGUUGGAAGAAUUAGAAAUCUCAAAUAUUCAAAUUGAUUAAUUAACUCCUUAAAUUAUAUAUUUUUUGAAGAAACAUUCUAAAUUAUUAACUUUAACAAUUGUAGAUUAUUAAAACUUUGGAUGGAUAACCAAAAAUUGAAUCAUUACAAACUUUGAUUUUAGAAGACAAUAGAUUAGAUGGAAAUGCAUUAAAAUCCAUAAGUGAGAAUUUUAAAAAUUUAAUCAGCUUAUCUUUAACAAAUAAUUAAAUCGUGUCAUUGGAUGUAUGAAUUUAAAAUUUAUUAAAGGAAUUACAUGUACUAACAAAAUUAAAUAAUUUAUAAUAAUUAGAUUUCUAAAAUAAUUAAGUGGAACAGUAAAAGGAUUAUCGUAAAAAAAUUUUUGAAAUGUUUCCUAAUUUAUAAAUAUUCGAUAAUAAAAAUAAAGAUGGAAAUAACAUUAAAUAUUCUGAUGUAAAAAUAAAAUUUAUUUUAGGAAGAUAUAAAUGAUAAAGAGGGUCUUAAAUCUGAUUCUGAAUAUAAUGAAAAUGAUAAAGAUCAUGAAGAUGAAUUUAUUCAAUAAUUCAUUUGA